GAUUGAAAAUUCUCUCAUUUGCAAACUUCGAACCUUCACAAUCCCAUCGAAAAAUGCUGCGUCGUAUCAAGCGUUUUCUCGGAUUAUCGACUCAUGCUUACUUUCCAAACAAUGAAGUGGCACCCACUGCCGACGGAAGUUUGAUCUCCACAAUGAGCCGAAAAUCGACGAAAUCGGAACGAAAAGCUGCGAAAAAGGAAAAGAAACGGAGUCAACUGGCUGAUACAUCCGCCCCGGCUAUCUUCCAUGUUCCUACUGCGCCAGCCGAUAUCGUCACUGAAGGAGAAGGAUCGACUGUAGGCCAAGGUUCUGAGAUUGAUCGUCGGACAGUUAUCACCGACUCGCUUCCUUACCGAGAGCCCAGUGACAAAGUUUACAUGGGAUCACCACCAAGCACUGUUCCGCAAGCUCCUGAGAGCAGCAGUAGCACUCGCAGCCUCGUCGGUUCAGAUUCGAUUAAAUCUCGUUUGGAGUCUAUGACUAUUGACGGGACAAGCUCGGUGCUUCAACACGUGGAUUCACUCACCAAUUCAGUUUACUCGGCUGAAUUCUGUCAAGAAGUGGAUUCUCAAAAUACGUGUGAUGCGAAGAGUCGUGAACUUCCAGUCGAUUGUGACAUUCCAACUGCUACUGAGCCACUACCAAUCUCGACGAAAUCUAACCCGGUUUCCAACUCAUCGUUGACGUAUAUGGCUGAUGUCAAGCUGAUACUGCCGGAUAAGCGAGAUGAGAAAUCGGAAGAAGUUGCUGGAAUGAAGCAGCUCAACGCCGAGCUUGACGGCUUAUUGAAAACUUCUGCUCCUCCAUUCCAAGUCUCAACUGCUCGUCUUCCACCAAUGCUGAGAGAGCUUCCACCACCAGCCAAUGAUGAGUCAAUGCUCAGUGGAAAUGAUGAAUUUGACGAUUCGAAGAACAAUUCGGUUGCUCGGUAUCUCAAUGAAUCGCAUGAAGUGAUGAUGCGCAGUCCAGAGAACAAGCAUCUUCGCAGCUGUGGAUAUUAAACCAGUUUUAUAUAUUUUUACUGCACGAUUGUAUAUUAUUGAGUUUCCCCCAUGAUUUUGUAAAAUAUUCCCCCUAAAACUACUCAAUCUCCUAACAACUAUUUACGCAUUCCUACAUAUAUUUUGACGAUGAAUUUAAAGUUUGAAAUGAAAUCAGUUUCCUGUC